AUGAAUUUCAACAUAUUCGAACAAAAAGAGUCAUUUGGGGGUAAGCUACUCAAACUGACUCAUAAUUCAUCUGUAACACAUACAACGAUGACCUUAAAUUUGUACCUACCUCAUCAAUACUUUGAUUGUCAUACAGCAGAGUCCUUACCAAUUAUCCUAUUUUUAGCGGGAUUUGGCUGUAACCCAAAUAAUCCAUCUGAGAAAAGCUUUAUACAACCAUAUGCGAAUGAGUACGGUUUUGCUGUACUUAUGCCAGAUACAUCUCCCAGAGUUAAAGAUGGGCAGUAUAAGUUAGGUGAUGGUGCUAAUUUUUAUCUUGAUGCGACUCAGAAACCUUGGGAUAAGAUGUUUAACAUGUACUCAUAUAUCAUUAAGGAUCUUAUCCCAAAUAUAGGAAAGAGCUUUAAAAUUUUAGACUUAAAGAGAAUGUCUAUUUGUGGUCAUUCAAUGGGUGGUCUUGGAUCACUACUGCUAUUUCUUAAGAAUCCAAAUUUAUUUAAAUGCUGCUCUGCAUUUGCUCCUUUGACUCAUCCGAUGGUUUGUCCAGGGGAGAAUAAGUAUUUUAAGAUAUAUCUUGGUUCAGAUAAGCUUGAAUGGUCAAAAUAUGACCCUUGUGAGUUAAUUAAGGCUUAUGUUGGACCUAAAAGACCAAUUCUAAUUUUUCAAGGCACAAGUGAUAAAUUUUAUAUUGGUAAAGAACUUCUUCCUGAACAAUUUUUAAAAUCAUCGAAAGGUACAUUACUUGAAGGACUCGUUGAUCUUCGGCUUGAAAAAGGUUACGAUCAUUCUUAUUAUUUUGUAUCAUCAUUCAUGUCUGAGACAUGUGCUUUUCAUGCUAAAUAUCUAGGUUUAGCGUGA